AUGAACAAUAGGCAAACUAUACGCUCUUUGAUACAGCAGUCACGUAGUUGGACCUCAUCUCCAUCUUCAUAUUCAUACUCAUACAUACAUAAUGGUGCUACUAUACAGUUCAUCAGAAAUAAGAGGACUACCAGUGCAGCAUCAUCAUCAUCAUUGAAGAAGAUGGGUAGAAAUUCAGCAGAAUCAUUGUCCCCACCAUUACAAAGAGCUGUUACUCAACUUAGUGUCCUAUCAGCAAGAAAGAAAAUGCCCAGACUGUUGAAACUUUCCAAUGAAGAUCUAAUUAAACAUCAAACCAUUGAAAAAGCUUGGAUGUUAUAUAAGAAAGAUAAAGCCAUCGAAAGAUCUAUGAGAUUACAAAGGCAAUAUGAAAGUAUACAAGAUGCUUUAGAUACUUUAGAAUCCAUUAAUCCUCAUUUGUAUAAAUUGGCUACAUCUACUAAUGGAGAAGGUAACGGUAGAUUCCCCUUGGAGUUCCGCUUACCAACAGACGCUCCACCAAAUUCUGAAAAAUUAUGGCCGCAACAAUUUUCUUCAACAAAUUUGCAAAAAUAA